GGUAUAUAAUACAGUGUUUGUCUGUACUGCAGUAUAGAUCUUCAGCAGAAGUCGACCAGAAGACGACUCGAGACACAAAUAACAGAUAAUUUACUGCGUUUCUCGACUGUGCAAACAUGCAGAUCUUUGUGAAAACCCUCACUGGCAAGACCAUCACCCUUGAGGUUGAGCCCAGCGACACUAUUGAGAACGUGAAGGCCAAGAUCCAGGACAAGGAAGGCAUUCCCCCUGACCAGCAGAGGUUGAUCUUUGCCGGCAAGCAGCUGGAAGAUGGCCGCACCCUUUCUGACUACAACAUCCAGAAGGAAUCCACCCUCCAUCUUGUCCUGCGUCUGAGGGGUGGCAUGCAAAUCUUUGUGAAGACCCUCACCGGCAAGACCAUCACCCUUGAGGUUGAGCCCAGCGACACCAUUGAGAAUGUCAAGGCCAAGAUCCAGGACAAGGAAGGCAUUCCCCCUGACCAGCAGAGGUUGAUCUUUGCUGGCAAGCAGCUGGAAGAUGGCCGCACCCUCUCCGACUACAACAUCCAGAAGGAGUCCACCCUCCACCUUGUCCUGCGUCUGAGGGGUGGUAUGCAGAUCUUUGUGAAGACCCUCACCGGCAAGACCAUCACCCUUGAGGUCGAGCCCAGCGACACCAUUGAGAACGUGAAGGCCAAGAUCCAGGACAAGGAAGGCAUUCCCCCUGACCAGCAGAGGUUGAUCUUUGCCGGCAAGCAGCUGGAAGAUGGCCGCACCCUCUCCGACUACAACAUCCAGAAGGAGUCCACCCUCCACCUUGUCCUGCGUCUCAGGGGUGGCAUGCAGAUCUUUGUCAAGACCCUCACUGGCAAGACCAUCACCCUUGAGGUCGAGCCCAGCGACACUAUUGAGAACGUGAAGGCCAAGAUCCAGGACAAGGAAGGCAUUCCCCCUGACCAGCAGAGGUUGAUCUUUGCCGGCAAACAGCUGGAAGAUGGCCGCACCCUCUCCGACUACAACAUCCAGAAGGAGUCCACCCUCCACCUUGUCCUGCGUCUCAGGGGUGGCAUGCAGAUCUUUGUCAAGACCCUCACUGGCAAGACCAUCACCCUUGAGGUCGAGCCCAGCGACACCAUUGAGAAUGUCAAGGCCAAGAUCCAGGACAAGGAAGGCAUUCCCCCUGACCAGCAGAGGCUGAUCUUUGCCGGCAAGCAGCUGGAAGAUGGCCGCACCCUCUCCGACUACAAUAUCCAGAAGGAGUCCACCCUCCAUCUUGUCCUGCGUCUGAGGGGUGGCAUGCAGAUCUUUGUCAAGACCCUUACUGGUAAGACCAUCACCCUGGAGGUUGAGCCCAGUGACACCAUUGAGAACGUGAAGGCCAAGAUCCAGGACAAGGAAGGCAUUCCCCCUGACCAGCAGAGGUUGAUCUUUGCCGGCAAGCAGCUGGAAGAUGGCCGCACCCUCUCCGACUACAACAUCCAGAAGGAGUCCACCCUCCAUCUUGUCCUGCGUCUGAGGGGUGGCAUGCAGAUCUUUGUCAAGACCCUUACUGGUAAGACCAUCACCCUGGAGGUUGAGCCCAGUGACACCAUUGAGAACGUGAAGGCCAAGAUCCAGGACAAGGAAGGCAUUCCCCCUGACCAGCAGAGGUUGAUCUUCGCUGGCAAGCAGCUGGAAGAUGGCCGCACCCUCUCCGACUACAACAUCCAGAAGGAGUCUACCCUCCAUCUUGUCCUGCGUCUGAGGGGUGCAAACAUGCAGAUCUUUGUGAAGACCCUCACUGGCAAGACCAUCACCCUUGAGGUUGAGCCCAGCGACACCAUUGAGAAUGUCAAGGCCAAGAUCCAGGACAAGGAAGGCAUUCCCCCUGACCAGCAGAGGCUGAUCUUUGCCGGCAAACAGCUGGAAGAUGGCCGCACCCUCUCCGACUACAACAUCCAGAAGGAGUCCACCCUCCAUCUUGUCCUGCGUCUCAGGGGUGGCAUGCAGAUCUUUGUCAAGACCCUUACUGGCAAGACCAUCACCCUGGAGGUUGAGCCCAGUGACACCAUUGAGAAUGUCAAGGCCAAGAUCCAGGACAAGGAAGGCAUUCCCCCUGACCAGCAGAGGCUGAUCUUUGCUGGCAAGCAGCUGGAAGAUGGCCGCACCCUCUCCGACUACAAUAUCCAGAAGGAGUCCACCCUCCAUCUUGUCCUGCGUCUGAGGGGCGGCAUGCAGAUCUUUGUCAAGACCCUCACUGGCAAGACCAUCACCCUGGAGGUCGAGCCCAGUGACACCAUUGAGAACGUGAAGGCCAAGAUCCAGGACAAGGAAGGCAUUCCCCCUGACCAGCAGAGGCUGAUCUUUGCUGGCAAGCAGCUGGAAGAUGGCCGCACCCUCUCCGACUACAAUAUCCAGAAGGAGUCCACCCUCCACCUUGUCCUGCGUCUGAGGGGCGGUCAAUAAAUGAUUCCAUGUUUUUACUUGAUUUACGUGAUGACCAAACCCAAUAAAAGAUGAGAUUUAAA